UACUUUCACUUUUAUUUUUUGUGUAAACGACGCCUCGCACGACUUUAGAAAAAGGGCAAACCCUUCAUGCAAAAGAUGAAUAAAGCGACGAAAUGUUGAUAUCGAGACACAUGUUAGGUGAUAAAACAACAGUAUCUUUACUCAUUUGUAAAAACGACAGUGUAAUCGCGACAUUUGUCACCAACUCUGUUGUUAGUAACACUUCCUGUGUGCUCGAGCUCCGACGUACAAAAACGCUGGACUGGACAACGACUUUUCCCCCCGUUUGAUUAUUAUUAUGAGGAAGGUAUAGUGACUGACUUAGCUGGAAAAUAUUUUUGGUAGGGCUAUGCAUCUGCUCUAAUAGCUUGUCUGGUGACGCAUAAUAAUCAUACCGCCCUUAACCACUUGUGUUUACUUAAAAUCAGUGUUUAUAGGUGGCAACCCUGAAGGAUGGCAGAGGAAGACCGCGCGGUGUGCGUUUACGGUUUGCCAACAGACGUGGAUCAUGAACGUCUACGGGACAAACUACUGAUUCACUUUCUACGCGAGAGGAACGGAGGAGGGGAGGUCACGUCAGUCACUAUCAUCGGUCGGACACCUCUGCGUGCCCUCGUCACAUUUGAGCAGAGUAGAGUGAUCCAGAGUGUACUUCGUCAUCAUCCUCACAUUUUACAGCUGGACGGCAUAAAAUAUGAACUCUCCCUGGGUCUCCCAUGCCAAGAGCCCCUGAGUCUGAAUAAGGUGAUCCUCGAUAUGACUGUGACUAUAGAUUGCAGUCAGCUUCCUCGGGGUGCAGACACUCUGAAUGUACUGCGUAGUGAGUUUCCAGGUCUACGUAUGCAACGUGGCUUAUUACAGCAUACGUGCACCGUGCAAGGCAAAUAUUCUGAUUUUCAAGGCGCUUUUCCUCAUAUGCAGAUGCUAUUUUAUCAUCACCUUUCAAGAGCCGAAUACCCUUAUUUUAGUGGAGACACCGGUCAAGGUCCAGAGACCAGGGAAGACCUUGCAAGUGUAAAGAAAUGGGCCAGCUUUGCAUCCCAGUCACCAGGCCCUCAUGCAGGAGACCUCAGCUACGUAUCCACGGUGGGUUUCGGACAAGAGCACUACGGACUGCAAGAUAGCAAUGAAGCUCUCACUGAACGCAGUACUCGGCCUAAAAGCAAAAUGGAGGAGAAAGCAGAGUGCAGGAUAGAUGAAGCUGAUUUGGAAGAUCUUUCGAUUAUCAUGGAAGCUGAUGUGUUUGCAUACCUGCAGAGCAUCAAAGAGUACAAGUAUAUACUGCGUCAUCAUGGAGUGCAAGUGGUCCACGUUACAUCUGAGGGAAUCACCACCCUGUACCUGCAAUCAGAGGUCCCAACCGGAUCAGAUGUUAAACAAAACAUGCGGCAAGCCUAUAAGGAGCUGAGGCAGCUUUAUCAACAGCAAGAGGGUUGUCUGCGGAAAGACCAGGUUAAAAAGUGUGCCCUUUACAUGCCAGACGGACUGACCAUAGCAUUAAAAAAUGUGCAGUUAGUACUGCCUAAUGUUCUGUUUAGCUAUGACCAGGACACCAUUUAUAUAGUUGGAGAAAAAAGUGAGGUAUCUCAGGCCAAACAAAUGCUACUGCUUGGGGUGGAGAAAAGCGUGAUGGGGAGCUUGACAGAAAUGCCCCCAUCCUCUUCCAGUUCUGCUUCAGUAUCCCCUGAAUCCUUAGUGAGAGAGCAACAAGUUAAGAGAAAAAGUGAAGUACAUACUCCAGUGCCCCCUAAACUGAUUGGCUCUAGCACUGAACGAAAAGGGGAUGUUGGGAAUACAAAAGAAUACAAACUGGCGGCUCGGUUUAAGAGCUCUGGGCUACUUGGUAGGGAGGAGAUGGGCGGAGACAUAAGGAGUCUUACUGCUAAAAUGGACAUGCAAAUGUUAGACCUAAACUCUAAAUCAGCACCACCGACUAAGUCUUCACUUGGCACCGCAGGCUUACUCGGUAAUGAACUGACAGGGGAAGGAACUGAAACAUUCAGGAUGACAAGUCCAAGCUCUACAGGAGAGGAUGUCCUGUUUAAAAACCAAGACCCGCUAUUUGUGAAUACAUUUGGUAGAACCUCCUUCAGCACAUACAAGGCCAAACCAACAACUCCUGCUGGACUCACUUCAACAUUUACCACAGGAGUCAAAGCUUCAAGUGUGAAUGCCCUAUCAGCCAGUAAUACCGCAGUGAAGACAGCUGGUCCCUUCUCCACAUCAGUGCCCACUUUCAAAUCCUAUUUAAGGAGGGCCAAUAGUUUCUCUGGUCAGCCGUACCUCAGAGAGCAAUUGCAAAAUAACCAGAUUACAGUUGAGCCAAUGAUUAACGCACAUGCUCAUCAAAGAGCAAGAUCCAAUAGCAUCAGCAGUGGAAGACCUAGUGAAGAUUGUCCGAUUACUACAGUGGAAGCAGAACUUACUGUGUCUUCUCUAAUGUGGAUCUACAUGAAGGAGGCCUAUUGCAACCAACUGGAUAGCAUGAAAUCUGACUUGCAAAUGUCUGAGAAACAAGCAGGCAAAGGUGAGAUGACCGUGACACUGGAGGGCACAGAUUCAUCGAAGGUCGGAGAAAGUCAUCGGCAGCUUCAGAAUCUAGUGGCUAUGGUGGCCAGUGACUUUAACUCUCAGGAGGUACGUCUGGCAGAGCUUGGUGUGGUUGAAAAAGAUAAACUGUUUGAAACCUGCUGCUUGAAUGUACGGUCACGUUUUCGCAAGGUCACCUUGCACACCACAAAGAGCAGCAUUUUCUUUCUUGGGCCAAAAUUGCUUUGCUCUGAAGCCAGUGAUAUAUUUAAGGUUGUAUAUUCUGGGCAAAAGUCUCAUUCCUUAUUACAGAUGAAGACCUUCCAGGAGGGUGUAGAUCAAGGAGCAACCAAGGCGUCUUUGAGCAUACAAUCAACAAAAGCUGAUCACUCUAAAUCUGAUCAAAGUGUAAAGGUGUGUUCUUUACAGGAUACAAGUCAAUCGGUUCAGUCUAACAGCAGUAGCAAGAGUAGAGUUAAAUCAAUCAAACAGAAAUCGGCUACGUUGGAAAGGUUGGAGAACCCUAGUUCUAUGAUGGAUAAAGUAAGCAAGAUAAACCCACUUAGCCUAUUAGCUAAUGCCAGAGAAAACACAACAGAACCAAAAAUUGAUGGGCCAACUUCUUUACCACUUGAAGCACACAAAAAACAAGAUACUGCAAUGACUUUGAAACAGACCAACCUGCUGUCCCAUACCCCUUCAGAGAAAUGCAUGUGCGGAGCAAUCAGUACAAAUGUAAAACGGACGACCUGUGGAGUCAUCCUUUGCUGUGACUGCCUACUACUUCAUUCACACUGCACAGUGUGUGGAAAAGAGGGGAUGUACUCUCAGAAGAAGGUGCUGGGGGAACCAGUGCAAAGUUAUGGCUCAAAGGAUAUACGGCAGAAAUAUCAGGCUCAAGAGAAACAUUCAGAACUCAAGGACAGCAAAGAACAAAAGGGCAUCCAAGGAACUAUGACAUGUGCAGAGAUGAAUUUUAGCCUUCCAGGCUAUACAAAAUAUACAACGGCCAAGAUCACAUACUGCAUACCUGAUGGCAUACAAGGGGAUAAGGAUCCCUAUCCUGGGUCACCAUUCAAAGGUGGUAAAUUUGAGGCUUAUCUGCCACUCGACCCAAAGGGACAAAGUUUAUUGCCCUACCUGAAAAAGGCAUUUCAUCAAGGGCUUACUUUUACUAUUAGUUCAAGCAAGAAGGCCUGUGGUGGAGAUGCAAAAGUGAACUGGGGCAUGAUCCCCCACAAGACCAGGAUGGAGGGAGGGAAGAGUAGAAAUGGAUAUCCUGACUCUACAUUCCUUACUCUCUUGUCUGAGGCACUGGUGGCUCAUGGGAUUGAAGGAGCAGCUGCAAUCAGUCAAGAUCAAGCCAAAUCCUGACCUUGACAAUAACACAAAUCAGAAGUCCACAAAUACUUAUUAAAUUGUGUAUUACUUAUUUUCAUAUAGGUCUUACCUAGAAAUGUAAAUUUAACAAAUGUGAUCGUGAAAGACUGCUUAAUUAUUGCAUUAGUAUUUCUACUAACAAUAAUUUGUUUUUGUACUUUUUGUAAUCAUUUUAGAGUGUCAUUGUCAUGUUAUAAUCAUUGUACCUUAUCAGUAAUGCUCAAUAUAAUGCUCUGUAUAUUCUGAAUCUGUUGAGUAUGCUUUUUAAUAAAACUAUGAUCUUGUUUUAGA